AAGACAAAAGCAAAAGCUGCUCUUACACUGAUAAUCACAUAUUUGCCACUUCCUGAGCUCUGUUCCCUGACCGUGUAAGAAAACCUGCGCUUUCAAGAUGUUUGAAAGCAAAGCCAAGGCACGAGGUGGGACCUUUAAAUGCAAAUCUGAGCGCUGAACGGACACGUUCAACAGCCAACGUGUGACUCGGUUCGCUUCCGUUGCCGCCCAGACAUGUCAGAGCCUGGAGAGGACGAGUAACAAAAACAUAAACACACCUCCACUCGCUUAGCUGGUCUUUCCACCCAGUGCUGAGCCUUUUUGGUGCUGUUUUAACUCUGCACACCCGAGUUCAAGCGUUAGAAGCGAAACUGCUCCGGCUUGAAUAUUGACGGGAACGAAUUGGAGGAACUACAGAAAUUCCGAUAAAAACAGACAGAAUGGCAACCACCUGUGGAUUGAGAACUCUGAAGAAUGAGCCAGUGCCCCUGAAGUCUGUGUCAGUGGAGGUAGACGUCCAGGGUCACGUGGCAUCGGUCAACUCCACCCUUCAGUAUGAGAACCAGGAGUCCAAUCCCGUGGAGGCCAUCUUCAUCUUCCCCAUGGACAGCAAUGCUGCCGUUUACCGGUUCCUGGCCCGUAUCGGGGACGUCGAGAUCGAAGCCCAAGUCAGAGAGAAGGAGAAGGCAAAGGAAGAGUAUGACGAUGCCAUAAGCUCUGGGCAGGAGGCCUUCCUGCUGGAGGAGAGCGACGAGAGCUCUGACGUGUUUCGACUGAGUGUGGGGAGUCUUCCUCCUGGACAGACUGCCUCUGUUACCGUGGGAUAUGUCAGUGAACUGGCUGUGCAGGCUGACCACGCCCUGAGGUUCUGUUUGCCUGCUGUGCUCAAUCCUCGCUACACCCCUCCAGGCAGCAGCAGCAUGACAACAGAGGCUUCUCCGCAGGCUGGUGAUGUGCCAUACACCCUGUCGCUCACUAUGAACAUCUACACCCCCAGCUUUGUCCAGACUGUGGAGUCUAAUUGCCCCCUCACCCCACUGGCGUUCCUCUCCCAGGACAAAACUCAGGCCAAAGUGAGUCUGGCCCCAGGACACCGAUUUGACCGUGAUGUGGAACUCCUGCUGUACUACAGUGAGCCUCACCAGCCCAUGGCCAUAUUGGAGGCAGGACAGCCAGGUGUUCAGUCCGGUUCAUUGAUGGGUGAUACUGUAGCCAUGCUGAGUUUCUACCCAGUAAUUGAGGCUGAAAAAUCAUCUCACGUUGCUUCCAGUGGAGAGUUUAUAUUCCUGGUGGAUCGCUCUGGAAGUAUGGAAUGUCCAAUGAACCAAAACAGUGGGGAUAAGAGCCGCAUCAGCAGCGCCAGGGACACUUUACUUCUGUUGUUGAAGAGUCUUCCACUGGGCUGUUACUUCAACAUCUGUGGAUUUGGUUCGGAGUACGAGUCUUUCUUCCCUGAGAGUGUGGAAUAUACUCAGGCCACCAUGGAAUCUGCUGUAAAGAUGGUGAAGUCAAUGGAGGCUGACUUGGGAGGAACAGAAAUCCUGCCACCCCUCCAGAACAUCUACAGCAAGCCCUGCCUUCCCUCACAUCCACGACAGUUGUUUGUGUUCACAGAUGGAGAAGUAGGAAAUACGAAAGAAGUAAUUAAUCUGGUGAAAAGCCAUGCUCACUCCCACAGGUGCUUCACCUUUGGCAUUGGGGAGGGGGCCAGCAGUGCACUGGUGAAUGGCAUGGCUGAGGGAGGCUCUGGACACCCACAGUUCAUCACUGGAUCGGAGAGAAUGCAGCCCAAGGUUAUGCAGUCCCUACAGUAUGCGUUGAAUCCUGUGGCAAAGGACAUUGCAAUGAAGUGGAACAUUCCAGCAGAAGUUUCAGUCACCCCUCUCUCGCCUCCUGUUAAUGUGCUCUUCAACCUGAAGCGAGUCAUACAGUAUUUCCAGCUCACAGGACAGAAUGCCAGCAAUAUGUCCGGUUCAGUGAGUCUCCAUUACAUUGUUGAAGAUAAACCUUUUGAGAACAAAAUCAGCUUGAACCUGAAGCCAGAUGCUGACAACAGCAUGCUGCUGCACAGACUGGGGGCCCGAAAAGCCAUUGUGGACCUGGAAGGGAAGGUGAGAGAGGGAGAUGACAAGAGUGCGAAAGAGAGAGUAGUAGAGCUGAGCAUCCAGUCAGGAGUGAGCUCCUCCUACACUGCGUUCAUUGGAGUCAACAGGGAGAACAAGGAGCCGGUCCAGGGGCCCCUACAGCGCAGACUCAUGGCAGCAAGGAGUCUAUUUGCAGGAAGUUAUCCUGUACCUUAUAUGUGUCUUCAGGCCCCUCAGAUGGCCUUAAGCAGGUGUGCCUUCAGCAUGCAGCCUGCUGCAUGUCUCGCUGCACCGUUUGCCAAUUAUUCUUGUGACAUUGUCGAACAACGUUUUUCAUUCGUUGAUGAGGGUGAAUGUGAAGAUUAUGCAGAUGCUUUUCCCCAAAGUGGCUUACAGAGUAAAGUAGGAGGGGCUGAGAUGAUGACACUUUCCAAUUAUGAAGAACAAGCAUAUGUUUCUAAGAAAGAACCUGAAGAUCCUAUGAUGGAGCUGAUUGGUCUGCAGAGGGCUGAUGGGUCCUGGGAUCUCCAACAAGCUCUGGCUUCAAUCCUUGGAAAACAGGAAGAGGAAGUGGUCAAAACAUCACCUGGAAAGCCUGAGUUUUCUUCAGUCUGGGCCACAGUGUUGGCAGUUCUAUGGCUGCAUGGAUAUAAGGCUGAAUCCAGGGAUGAGUGGCAGUUUGUGGCUACAAAAGCAAUGACCUGGGUCAGAGCUCAGUCAGGGUUUGAUUUAACAGAGUUUGUGGCAGCUGGAAACUCCUUCCUGGGCCUCCAGGUGAAACUGUAGACCCUUGGCUUGCGAGAGUGAACCGCUUCCUAAACACUCCCAUUGUUGGUGUCCAGCUACCGAAAAAGAAAGAAUGACCCUAACUGAGAGUAUUAAUGUUCCAACAUUAAAUAUUCUAAAUGCUCAAAUCCCCAAGCUUUUAGAAUCAGUUUGGUGCCUUGGCAUGUUUAUUAACAUGUGGAAAGUUUCAGCAACUAAUAGCCUUUAUUGUGGGAGCAAAAAAAAACAUACUGUAUAAACAAAUGAUUCUAACAGCAUGGUUUGUGCAUGAGUCCACUCAUCACAUGUGUUAAAUCAAAAAAUAUUGUAAAACUCAAAUUUCAGAGAACUUAUUAGUUAAAAUGUUGGGACAUUAAUUACAGCAACCUGAGAUUUGAGGUGAACCAUUGCAAUGUCACAAACUCAUUGACAUUAAAAUACCCGAAGUGAACCUCUGUUGUUGCAGUGUAGCAAUGCAUAGUCCUUUCUUAUUUGCGGUUCUUACCCCUUUAAUUGUUACUGCUACAAAAAUAAAUCUUGGCUCAUUAAACAA